AUGCCUCGUAAUCGUGUAAAAACCAAAAAUAGAUGUACCACAUCAGAGAGCACUAUGCAAAAAGGAGCACUACUAUGUUUGGAUAAUCUUAUGUCGGAACAAUCUGCAGCUACAGCAUUCAAUAUUUGUCACGUGAGUUGUUUAAACAGGUACAUAGAAAAAUUUAAACGCCAUAAGGGAACAAGUAGUUGUCUACCAGCAUUUGGUUACGGACAACACAAUAAAAUAUUUGACGACUUUCAAGAAAAACAACUUGCAGAUUACGUACAAAUUUCCGCAGAUAUGUAUUUUGGUUUUAAUUCUAAAAAUAUUGGUAAACUAGCUUAUGAGUUUUCAGUUAAACUUGAUUUAACAGUACCAUACAGUUGGAAACAAAAUAAGGUAGCCGGUCCUGAUUGGAUUACAGACUUUUUAAAAAGAAACCCGUCACUGUUCAUUUGUCUCCCAAAAGCGACUGGUAUAUCAAGGGCUAUUAAUUUCAACCCAGAAAAUCUAAAACAUUUUAUGGAUAAAUAUGAGUCAAUUUUAUUGAAAUAUAAAAUUCAAGCACAUGAUAUUUACAACAUGGAUGAAAUAGGGGUUACAUUUGUCCAAAAGACAGGAAAAAUAGUGGCAUUUCGAGGCAAUAAACAUAAUAAGGCGAUCACAAGUGGCAAAAAUAGUACAGUUACCAUGUACUUAGCUAUAAAUGGAGCGGGCAACCUUAUUCCUCCCAUGCAUAUAUAUUCUAAGGCUGCCAAUAAUUUAAACUUUAUGCAAGGCGUUGAGUUCUUGAAGAUUUUGAAGAAAUUUAGGAAAUAUGUCAGACCUUCAGUUGAUAAAAAAGUUCUUAUUCUGCUUGACAAUCAUGAAUCUAACUUAUGUUUACCAGUGAUUGAUUUUUGCAAGAAAUCAGGCAUUUUAUUAUUAUCAUUCCCACCUCACGGUUUUCAUAACCUCCAGCCGUUGAACAGAUCCGUGUAUAGACCAUUCAAUAAAUGUUUGAACCAAAAUAUAUCCGCCUGGAUUGAAAAUAAUCCAGGAAUAAAAUUAAGAACAUAUGAUGUGCCUUUAGUGUCAUCUAGUACAAGUGCAUUCGUUAGUGCUGCUACACCUCAAAAUGUUAUUAACGGAUUCUCUAUGACAGGGAUUUGGCCUAUAAAUCGAGAUACAUUUACUGAGGAUACAUAUUUUAUGCCAGCAGUUUUUGACGAUAUGUCAAUAGAUAAUGUUGACGAAGAACCAAUAAAUGAUGUAAUUAGAGAGCCAAAAAAUACCAUAACUGAAGAGCCAGCAAAUAUUAACAUUAUUCCUCGUUUGAAAGCAGAAGAAACUUUCACUUCUUCCUUUCUCUUUUCUGAUCUAGACAAAGAUUCUCGAGAAGAUCCUUUAUGUGGUCGAGAAACUCUUAACUUGAGUAUUAAACUUUCUGAACCAAAUAAUCCAGGGAUAAAAUUUAAAGAUAGUAACAAUUUGUUAAUAGAUAUAGUUGAUAUAGAAAAAAAAAAUUAUUUAAUUAGUCUAGAGCUAAAAAAUGCCAUUAAUCAUGGACCAGCCAAUGUUGACAUUUUUCCUCAUUUGAAAAUAGAAGAAAGUUCCACUCCUUCCUUUGUCUUUUCUGAUCCAGACAAACAUUUUCAAGAAGAAUCUUCAUUUAAUCAAAAAACUCUUGAAUUGAUUAAGGAACUUACUGAACGACAUAGUAAACGGAUGAAAUCUGAAGAUAGUGACAAAAUGUUAAUAGAUAAUGUUGACGAAGAACCAAUAAAUGAUGUAAUUAGAGAGCCAAAAAAUACCAUUACUGAAGAACCAGCAGCCAAUGUUGACAUUAUUCCUCAUUUGAAAAGAGAAGAAAGUUCCACUCCUUCCUUUGUCUUUUCUGAUCUAGACAAAGAUUCUCGAAAAGUACCUUCAUUUAAUCGAGAAAAUCUUGAAUUGAUUAAGGAACUUACUGAACGAAAUAAUAAACGGAUGAAAUUUGAAGAUGGUGACAAAAUGUUAAUAGAUAAUGUUGACAAAGAACCAAUAAAUGAUGUAAUUAGAGAGCCAAAAAAUACCAUUACUGAAGAACCAGCAGCCAAUGUUGACAUUAUUCCUCAUUUGAAAAGAGAAGAAAGUUCCACUCCUUCCUUUGUCUUUUCUGAUCUAGACAAAGAUUCUCGAGAAGAACCUUCAUUUAAUCGAGAAAACUUUGAAUUGAUUAAGGAACUUACUGAACGAAAUAAUAAACGGAUGAAAUUUGAAGAUAGUGACAAUAUGUUAAUAGAUAUAGUUGAUAUAGAAAAUAUAAAUUAUUUAAUUAGUCAAGAGCUAAAAAAUGCCAUUAAUUAUGGACCAGCCAAUGUUGACAUUAUUCCUCAUUUGAAAAGAGAAGAAAGUUCCACUAAUUCCUUUGUCUUUUCUGAUCUAGACAAAGAUUCUUGA